CCUCCAACCAAGCCCUCACUUCUUCCUGAUCAAAAACUUGAAGGAGAGAAACAACACAAGUGUAGAGAGAGAAAGAAAGAUAUGUGUUUGGCUGUGGCUGCAAUUUUGUUGGCUAUGAUCCAAGUUCUCUCUCCCUCACUGACCCCAGAAGCAGCUGCAGCAGAUGUGCCAUCUCCUGUCCUCGGUGGAAUGUGUGAUGAUGUGGACUGUGGAAGGGGACUCUGCCAGACAUCGGCAAACUCGACAUUUGGGUUUGAGUGCAAGUGUGAUCAUGGAUGGACUCAGCUUCAGUUCCUUGACCAUGUGCCCUUCCUUCCCUGUGUCAUCCCAAAAUGUGCAUUUGAUUAUGCUUGUUACAAUGAUUCCAUGGUUCACGCACCUACUACAUUUCCUGAAGCUACUGAUCUGUCCCUUCUUGAUCCAUGCAGGUGGUCUUUCUGUGGAAGUGGGACAUGCAUAAGAACAUCUAGUUUCCGACAUCACUGCGAGUGCAGAGAAGGUUUCAGCAACCUUCUAAACCUCACCAACCUCCCUUGUUUCAGAGAUUGUGUUGUUAUGGCAGAUUGCCCAACUCUGGGGUUUACAUUAUCAAAUGGCUCCUCUCCAUCUUCCUCACCUAAUUUUCCUGAGACAAGCAAUAGAGCUUCUCCCACUCAAAGGAAGUUCCUGUGGCUGUACAUUAUCACAAUAUGUGUGGUAAUGGUGCAAACAACACAGAAGUAUGAAGUAUAAACAGGAAUCACCAUCAGUAUGGAGUAAGAUGAGUUUGUCCUCAGAGAUGAAGUGAUAGGAGACUGUAUACUCCUCUAAAAAUUUGCCUCUUUGUAUACUGAAAGACCACUUCUACAGAAAAAGAAGUGGAGGAAAGCCCUGAAUUCUUUUCAUUUUGUUUCUUUUGUUUAGCCUAAUGCUUAUAUGGAUAUAUAUACAUGGAGAUGUACU